UUCUCCUUUCUCAUCACCAUCAACAACAUUUUUCACUCCCCAGCAUCCUUACCCUUUCCCCUUCUCUCUCUCUUUUCAAACAAAGUUCGUUUGAACGACCAACACUACAACUUUCAGCACUCUUUUGAAAUUUGCUAUCAAGAACCGUCUGUGACAGUAUCUAGCAUCAACGUACAAAAAUAAAACCAAUCUUUUCAUCUGAAUUUAAACACAACAACUGUUCAACAUGUUCAAGUUUACUUCUUUCCUCACAAUCGUCCUCUUCUUGGCCGUUUCAUUGCAAUUGGCAUCUGCAUCUCCCGCUUUCACUAGCCCUGUCGCAUCUACAAGCGCAGAAGGUGGUGGUAAACUUCAAAUCAAAUGGAUGGAUGACGGUAAAUCACCCAAAUAUGAUGCACAGAACUGGGGAAAUUCCACUCUCUAUUUAGCAGCAGGAAGUCAGAACGUUCAAUACAAGCUACAAAAAUUGGUAUCAAACCUUUCUAGCAACCGUCAUGGCGGUAGUUGGACAGUUGACAAAACUAUCGGUCCAAGUGGAAAGUACUACUUUAUCCGUAUGGAAGGAUCUAAAACAGACUCUUCCGGCAACCCGGUCAUGGCUUUCUCUGCCCGUUUCGAAUUAAAGGGAAUGUCUGGUCAAUUCAACAGCACAGUCAUGGCUGCUGCCACAGGUGCAGAAGGACCCGCUGCAAGUGGAAGUAACUCUUCUUCUUCUGCUUCUUCAUCUUCUGCACCAACAACAGGUCAAACUGGUAUGAACCAAGCCACUCUAACAACUAGCAAUCCUUCUUCUAAUCCAACACCAAACAAUGCUUCCACAAGCAAAAAUACAACUUCAAGCGCUGGUCGUUUGUCUUCCCUCAACGUCGUUUCCCUCGUUGGCUCUUUUGCCGUGGCUGCAGUCGGUGUUGCUGCUAUGGCCUAAAUUGAGAUCUGUUACGUCAUUUCGCUCUUCUUUGGCACGUCAAUAGAUCUCCCGUCAUCGUUUGCUCAAUUUUCAUUGGAUGAGGAUCAUUUCCAAUAUGCCCUUGAAGGUUGGGCAAGAUGCAUGACACUUUCACCUUCCCUUAUCCCCUUAUUUAUUUUUUCUUAUUCUCAUUUAUAGUAUGAUUAGUACCUUUCUUAUUUUAUUGAUCAUCUUCGCGCAUCUAAUUGUUUGCGAGCAUC